UGCAGCACCGGGGGGAGGAGGCUGGCGGAGGAGGGGAGGAGGACCGCAGCGUGCAAGCCGGGAGCCACUUUCCCGCCCCUCCUCUAGCCGCCGACACGCUCAGAGGAGUCACCACUCCGCGCGCUGCAGGAGAGAGUGGCAGACGGAGGCAGCCCGGGGAAGCGAGCCGGAGCGGCGCCCGCACGGAGGCGGCUGCAGUGCUGACACCACUCAGAGCAAGGGUCUCCGACGGCUGGAGCGGUGAGUCGGGGCGGCGAGGCGGGCAUCCGCGGGGAGACUUUCCCCCACUGCUGGAUUUCUCUUCCCGACUGGUGGCCGGGCGCUGCAGCCUGGGGAAGUUUUUGCUGCCUUUCAGAAGCGCAACUUUGCCCCGACUGCCCCCGGAGAAGCGGCUGCAGGUGCCCGCUGCUGGUUCUGUUUUGAACCCAAAGUGGAUGAUGCCAUCAGAGCCGAACCACUGAACAAAGUCUGUGAAAACUUCCCAUCUUCUAAUUGACCAUCAAUUAAGAGAAGAUGGAAGACUCUUACAAGGAUAGGACUUCACUGAUGAAGGGCGCCAAGGACAUUGCCAGAGAGGUGAAGAAACAAACAGUAAAGAAGGUGAAUCAAGCUGUGGACCGAGCCCAGGAUGAAUACACCCAGAGGUCCUACAGUCGGUUCCAAGAUGAGGAAGACGAUGAUGACUACUACCCGGCUGGAGAAACCUAUGAUGGAGAGGCCAAUGAUGAUGAAGGCUCAAGUGAAGCCACUGAGGGGCAUGAUGAAGAUGAUGAGAUCUAUGAGGGGGAGUAUCAGGGCAUCCCCAGUAUGAACCAAGCGAAGGACAGCAUUGUGUCAGUGGGGCAGCCCAAGGGAGAUGAGUACAAGGACCGGCGGGAGCUGGAAUCAGAAAGGAGAGCUGACGAGGAAGAGCUAGCCCAGCAGUAUGAGCUGAUAAUCCAAGAAUGUGGUCAUGGUCGUUUUCAGUGGGCCCUUUUCUUCGUCCUGGGCAUGGCUCUUAUGGCAGAUGGUGUAGAGGUGUUUGUCGUUGGCUUCGUGUUACCCAGUGCUGAGACAGACCUCUGCAUCCCAAAUUCAGGAUCUGGAUGGCUAGGCAGCAUAGUGUACCUCGGGAUGAUGGUAGGGGCGUUCUUCUGGGGAGGACUGGCAGACAAAGUGGGAAGGAAACAGUCUCUUCUGAUUUGCAUGUCUGUCAACGGAUUCUUUGCCUUCCUUUCUUCAUUUGUCCAAGGUUAUGGCUUCUUUCUCUUCUGUCGCUUACUUUCUGGAUUCGGGAUUGGAGGAGCCAUACCCACUGUGUUCUCAUACUUUGCUGAAGUGCUGGCCCGGGAGAAGCGGGGCGAACACCUGAGCUGGCUCUGCAUGUUCUGGAUGAUCGGUGGCAUCUAUGCCUCUGCCAUGGCCUGGGCCAUCAUCCCGCACUAUGGGUGGAGCUUCAGCAUGGGAUCAGCCUACCAGUUUCACAGUUGGCGUGUGUUUGUCAUCGUCUGUGCACUCCCCUGUGUCUCCUCCGUGGUGGCCCUCACGUUCAUGCCUGAAAGCCCACGAUUCUUGUUGGAGGUAAAAGCAACAGAGAGCUCGGGCAUGCCUGUGAUCACGUCCAGCACAGAUAUCUUGGUUAAAGUACAAGGACAUAGAAUGUUCUACGUGCCUGUAAACAAAAUAAAAACUCCGAAACAAAUAGAUGAGCUGAUUGAAAUUGAAAGUGACACAGGAACAUGGUAUAGGAGGUGUUUUGUUCGGAUCCGCACGGAGCUGUACGGAAUUUGGUUGACAUUUAUGAGAUGCUUCAGCUACCCAGUCAGGGAUAAUACAAUAAAGCUUACAAUUGUUUGGUUCACGUUGUCCUUUGGGUACUAUGGAUUAUCUGUUUGGUUCCCUGAUGUCAUUAAACAUCUGCAAUCCGAUGAAUAUGCAUUGCUAACCAGAAAUGUGCAGAGAGAUAAAUAUGCAAAUUUCAGUAUUAACUUUACAAUGGAAAAUCAGAUUCAUACUGGAAUGGAAUACGACAAUGGAAGAUUUGUAGGGGUCAAGUUCAAAUCUGUAACUUUCAAAGACUCCAUUUUUAAGUCCUGCACCUUUGAGGAUGUGACUUCACUCAACACCUACUUCAAGAACUGCACGUUUAUUGAUACUGUUUUUGACAACACAGAUUUUGAGCCAUAUAAAUUCAUUGACAGUGAAUUUAAAAACUGCUCAUUUUUUCACAACAAGACGGGAUGUCAAAUUACCUUUGAUGAUGACUACAGUGCCUACUGGAUUUAUUUUGUCAACUUUCUGGGGACAUUGGCAGUAUUGCCAGGGAACAUUGUGUCAGCUCUCCUGAUGGACAGAAUUGGGCGCUUAACAAUGCUAGGUGGCUCUAUGGUGCUUUCGGGGAUCAGCUGUUUCUUCCUUUGGUUCGGCACCAGUGAAUCCAUGAUGAUAGGCAUGCUGUGUCUGUACAAUGGAUUGACCAUCUCGGCCUGGAACUCGCUUGAUGUGGUCACCGUGGAACUGUACCCCACAGACCGGAGGGCAACAGGCUUCGGCUUCUUAAAUGCGCUAUGCAAGGCAGCAGCCGUGCUGGGAAACUUAAUAUUUGGCUCUCUGGUCGGCAUCACCAAAGCAAUCCCCAUCCUGCUGGCUUCUACUGUGCUCGUGUGUGGAGGACUCGUGGGGCUGCGCCUGCCUGACACACGAACCCAGGUUCUGAUGUAAUGGGGAACAAAGCCAUCCUUCCUGUGUUUCUUCUUCCUGCUCUGGGUCAAUUCUCCUUCCUGACUCAAGGCUUCAGAGUUUUCCUAUAUAGAAAGGUGAUCAAGUAUCAGAACAUAAACACACGCUGUGACUUAAAAUUUAGAAGCAUAUCAUCUUGUCCCUUUGUGAUUUUGCACAAUUUUUUUUGGUUUUGUUUUUUUAACACAUUGUUAUCUUUCUGACCUGUGAUGCUACUGCCUCCCCCAAAUCAGUGGAAGCAUUUCUAGAAUGCCGUAGGCAGCCAGGCUUCCCUGGGGUUCUGUUCAUGGAAAGCUUAGAAGCCAGAAGACUGGGCUGGUGUAGGGAAUAGAUCCUGCUCCUAAUUUAACAUUAACAGGAAAUAUAAGCCGGCACAUUAUUGCAUUUGUGCUGAGGAGAGGGAUUCUUUUUUUUUUUUUUUUUCUAACAGAGUGAUAUUUCCUGUUUACUUAGAAAAGGAUACCCAGUAAUUCUCGCUGUUAUAGCAAAGCCUUUCAAAGAAAACCACGUGGUACCAAACAGGGCUGGGUGGGGCCCUUUGGGGCAAGACAGUUAAGGUGACUCUGCUGACAAGAAAAAUAAGAGCUGUGCAAUUAGCAGCAAAAAUCAGAUUGAGCUGCAUAAGCAAGAUUUCUGUCAGAAAGCCCAAUUAAACCUCUGGAGAGUGUGAGGAAAAAGGACCAAUGACAGUGUAUGUGAUUGUGGCAGUGGUUCAAAAUGGUUGAAAAUCAGAGAUCAGAGCGAGAGCUUCUGCCCCCACUGACCACUCCCACCCCUUCAGCCCGCCCUUGGUCUUGCCAGACAGCAGAUUCAAAGAAAGAAAGCUGCUUCUUAAAAACUGUCUGCCUACUUGGUUCUGCCACUUACCCACACUGUCUCUAGUCUAGAGAUUGCCAGUGGAUAGCUAAAUUGUCAAUUGCAAAUUAGGAAGAAAUUCACACUUAGAGCCAUUUGGCAAUACAAAAUGGUACCUCUUUCUGGUACCUCUUUCCUGUGGGACUGGUCCCCUAGGACCCCCAUCCCACCUGCCCCGCACUUGGCACUCAGCUUCCCAGCUGGUAUCACCAAAGAGAGUCUGUCCCUCUAGCUUCCCUAGGGCUGACCCCCUGCUCAGUGCACGCCUGGCUCCCUGUAAAAUCACAGCCCGCCUGUACUCCUGAGGGGCCUCUCACAGACAGUCCAUCUCCCUGUGGUUGUUUGGCUGCUCAUUUUACCUCUGGAAUCUGCCUGGGCUUGGAAAAAGAGGUCAGCCAGGACAUUCCCACGGGCCAGCUGUCGGCUACACGACCUUCUCGCCCCUCCGGCUCCCCUUCCCCCAGGCUUGUCCUUUUUACACAUCUUUGAAAUCUGAAGCCUCCUUGUAGACUUGCAGCCAAUGACCAGAAGCCAGGAAUAAAUCCCAUAUUUAAACAAUAUUCCUUUUUUAACUGCCUUGUUAGAGGGUUAUCCUUGUUACUUAUUAUAGGCAUUUUCAGAGGAGCCACAGCUGGGGUGGGGGGGCCUCUAGGAAGGGAAAGCUUUUGUUUCCGCUAAUCAUUAUAUUCAGAGAUGUCCUAACUCCCCUGAGGCCCCCCUGCCUCCCCCUCCCCUUCCUAAUGAUCCCUGUAGAGCUCAGACUAAGUGAAAAGCUUCUUUCAUUAACAUAAGCCAUUAAUCUACUUCCCGGUGAAGUAAUUCAGAUCUGCAGAGGGGAACAGACUGGUGUUGGGGACAGUGGGAAGAGGGUGGUUCCCUGGGGACCUGUGAUCAGGGCUAUAACAUCAGGAAAACCCAAACCAAAAACUUCAAAGGUGUCUAGAAGA